CGCCGCUCUCCCCAGCACAAAUCGACGCGCGCGGAGCCGCUGCCGCAUCGGCCGCCCGUGCGAACAGGCCUUUGCCCCGGUGCCAGGCCCUGCCGGGCUGCCCCGCUCCUCGCCGCCAGACAGACGGGCUUGUAGCGCCCUCUGCCCAGCGAGACCGGAUGUCCGCCCGGACGCCGCGCGUCGGCGGCGGCCGCACGAACCGCACGCCGCGCUCCGGCCGCACGCAGACGACGAAAGACUCGGCCACGAAGGCUUCCCUAAGAACCUGCGAGUUGACCGGCAACGCGUGGCUCGAGCGCCAGACCGCGAAGAUCGAGGCGAAAGCUAAGGAGGUCCAAGAUUUAUAUGUUGGCAACCAAUUGAUAAAACCGCGCUGGAUGAAGGUCUCGAAGACGCCCUGGACCUCGCUCAAAGCCGCGUCGGGCGGCUACGGCCGGCGCGUCUACAACUCGGCCAUCAGUGACGAAAUGCCUCCGUUUAUGCACAUCGACGAGGUCGACGCCCACGACGCCCACGCGCCCAUCAAACGGCGGCCGCCGAAGCCCGUCAAAGGCAAGCACGUCUGGAAGACGCGCUGCAGCGACGACGCGCCCGACUUUUUCCUCACCGACGCGGCCAAGGCGUUGCGGGACGGGCACAUGACGCUGCCGAAGCAUCGCGGCAUGCCCUACGGCGGGCCGCUCUGCUCCGGCUCUGAUAGGUUGAUGCUCGAGCCGCUCCCGCGCGAGAUGGACGUGCCCUGGUGCUUCCGCCAGACGUUCGACUGGGACUCGUCGCGGUCCGCGGUGGCUAAGUAGGACUUAUCUUCG